AUGUCCAGCUCUAAGUUCUUCUUCAACUAUAGGCAUACAGGAAAUACCAUAGCUAUUUACAGAUAUUUGAAGGAAAAGGGUAUCACCGAUGAUUAGUUUCCUUAGUCAAAAAGAAUAAACUCUAAUGAAAAGACAAAAAUCUUUAUCUUUAUGAAUGGACAUGGAGGUGAAAACUUCUUCAAGAUUUAAGAUACUGAGGUAGUCCAUAGCGAAGAUUUUGGAAAGGUUUUCAAUGAAAUGGAUAUUAAAAACAAAUAUAGUGAGAUUCUACUAUUACUUGAUACCUGUGAGGCAAUGACUCUUUUUGAUAGAGUUAAUGCCCCUAAUAUUAUGAUGGUCGGAACUUCAGUACUUGGCUAGCAUGCCUAUUCUCAUUUGAUAGAUAGCAGUCUUAAUACUUACAUAAGUGAUAAAUUCAGUUUCUUCUUCCAUGAGUUCAUCAGAACCAAGAACUUUAAUAGAAAAGUUAAGAUAUCAGACUUUUUGAAUUUAUUCCCCUACUCUAAACUUGACUCUGAUCUUUAAAUAAAGAAUACGUUCAAAAAUAAAUCACCAGAUCAAAUGUUUCUCUAUGAGUUUCUACCAAUUGAUAAAGAAGAUGUGCUAGGGGGCUAAGAUUUGGAUAAAAAUCAAGAAGAAUUAAAAUUCUACAACUUUAAUGAAUUCGAUGAAAAUUCUUUGAUUAUUUGA